GCGCCGGGCGCAGAGCGCGAUGAGCGCGGGCUGAGGGAGGGUCGCGCGUCCUGCGGCCAUGGUGGCGCACGACGAGCUCGGCGGGCUGCUGCCCAUCAAAAGGACUAUCCGCGUCAUCGACGCGCAGAACCAGCACUUCAGGGAGCAGGAGGAGCCAAGCACCAAACGGGUCCGGCCUUUAGCACGAGUCACCUCCCUGGCUAACCUGAUCUCUCCUGUCAGAAAUGGGGCAGUUCGGCGCUUUGGGCAGACAAUCCAGUCGUUCACCCUUCGCAGCGACAGCAAAUCCCCUGGCUGUGCCCAGAAGUCAUGCAGCAGAUCUGCUGCUCCUACUCCCCCCAAGAGAAGGAACAGCGUCCUUUGGUCUGAAAUGUUGGAUGUCAACACGAAAGAAUCCCUGAGCACCAAGGAAAUCAAGCGCCAGGAGGCCAUCUAUGAAAUGUCCAGGGGGGAGCAGGACCUGAUUGAAGACCUGAAGCUGGCCAGAAAGGCCUACCACGAUCCCAUGCUGAAACUCUCCAUCAUGUCUGAGGAGGAGCUCACCCACAUUUUUGGGGACUUGGAUUCCUACAUUCCUCUGCAUGAAGACUUACUGGCAAGUUUGGGAGAAGCAACAAAACCAGAUGGAACAGUGGAGCAGAUUGGGCCUAUCCUUGUGAAAUGGUUACCCCGACUCCACGCCUACAAAGGCUACUGCAGCAACCAGCUGGCAGCCAAAGCCCUCCUGGAUCAGAAGAAGCAGGACAGGAGAGUGCAGGAUUUCCUGCAGCGCUGCCUGGAGUCUCCCUUCAGCCGCAAGCUGGACCUCUGGAGCUUCCUGGACAUCCCUCGGAGCCGCCUGGUCAAAUACCCCCUGCUCCUCAAGGAGAUCCUGAGGCACACUCCCAAAGACCACCCCGACAUCCACAUCCUGGAGGAAGCUAUCUCCAUAAUCCAAGGAGUCCUCGCUGACAUCAACCUGAAGAAGGGCGAGUCUGAGUGCCAGUACUACAUUGACAAGCUGGAAUACCUGGAUGAGAAGCAGAAGGAUCCAAGGAUUGAAGGCAGCAAAGCUUUACUGUGCCACGGGGAGCUGAAGAAUAAAAAUGGACACAAGCUCUACGUUUUCCUCUUCCAAGAAAUCCUGGUGCUGACGCGGCCGGUGAGCCGCAACGAGCGCCAGGCGUUCCAGGUGUACCGCCAGCCCAUCCCUGUCCAGGAGCUGCUCCUUGAGGACCUCCAGGAUGGAGAUGUCAAAAUGGGAGGCUCCUUCCGAGGAGCUUUUGGAAACUCUGAUAAAGCCAAAAACAUCUUCCGGGUGCGUUUCCAAGAGCCCAGCCCGGGCCAGUCCCACACGCUGCAGGCCAACGACGUCUUCCACAAGCAGCAGUGGGUGAACUGCAUCCGCACGGCCAUCGCCCCCUUCCAGAGGAACAUUCCCAGCCCCGAGCUCACGGAGCUGCCAGAGCUGAGCGAGGAGUCCGAGGAGAACAACCCCUCUGUGCCCAAUGUGCCAGCCCAGCCGGGAAUAUCCGAGAUGGAGCUGGAUGGGAGCGCGGCCGCGCUGGACUCGGAGGGAGCCAGGGGGGUGAGAUCCCACAGAACCUCAUCCGGGCACAGGAAAUCCAGGGAGAAGCAGCUCAGCGGGAAGCGGAAAGAAACGCUGGUGUAAGGGGGGAAAGGAGCCCUGGUGCCACCCUGGGGUGGGGGAAAACUGUUAAUUUAUAAAUAAUUUUUGUACAUUUUUGUGCCGGGAGCGCCUUGGGAGCCGCUCCGCGGAUCAGAUCCUGGGUUUAUGUUGGAAUGGCAGCUACUGGUGUGCAGUUACUGUUGAGCUGGGGUCUGUUUUUACUCUUUGAAUCCAUGAGGGGUUUCCAGAACCCUCGUGGUAAAUCUGAAGAGCAAAUUUGGGUUCCUGAAGUUUUCCACAGCUGUGGUAGAGGGUGGAAAAUAAAGUGGAAUUUUGGGCAGCACCAGGGGUUUUGAUCAACACCGCAAAAGUCCUUGAAAGGACUCAACACCUGGAGUCACUCUGGUGUGUGGUUAUGGUAAUUCCUGCAAAUUUGCAUGUUCCCAAAGGAAAAACCCUACAAAAACAGACCCCAGGUUCAACAGGUUCUCAAUUCACCUACUGGAAUCUUUGAUCUCUGUGUGUCCUUUGUACAUUCCUCUGUCUCACUCUUGUAUCCUGCCAACUAUUUAAUUUUUUUAUUAGUUUUGUUUCAAGUUUGGGGGUUGGGAUUUUGGGGUGGUUUUUUUUUUUUGUUUCCUUUGAUUGGUUUUUUUAUUUUUUAUUUUUGUAUUUUUGUUGCUCAGACUUGGCAUUUCCUUUCCAGUACUUGAUCCUUCGUGCUCCGAGGGGUGACAUCCCAACUGUCCCUCACAUCACCCCGGAGCAAUCCACGGGCUGGGGGGAGACACUACUGAAAGAGAACUGCUUUACUCUAGGGUGUAGGAAGGUUGUAGGCACGUUGUAAAGGGUUGGGGAGCAGUGAGUAGAGGGGGUAGCAGGGAGCGAAGGUAGAUUCCGUGUUUUUGUUGCCUUUUGGAAAUGAAACGCUUCCCAACGGGAAGCAGGACUUGGAGGCAACCAAGGGGUUCUUGCAUGUGGUAGAAAGGUAGAGGAGAGGAAGUGUUGGAGGUGUGAGGAGAGGAGGAGGAGUGGUUGUAAAUACUCAGGGUGGCAGCACUGCCAUCUUCUAGCACUCCAAAGAUCAGGGAAAAUCCAGGGAAAGACCCGGCUUGGGAAUGGCGCUGCAGGGUGUUGUGGGAAGGAGAGUGGUGACAGCUCUGAGCACGGCGGGGUGUCCCUGAGAUCCAGGAUGGGGAGUGGGGUCCUGCAGUCCCUGUCACCUGAAAUCCAGGACUGGGAUCCUGCAGUCCCUGUCACCUGAGAUCCAGGACUGGGAUCCUGCAGUCCCUGUCACCUGAAAUCCAGGACUGGGAUCCUGCAGUCCCUGUCACCUGAGAUCCAGGAUGGGGAGUGGGAUCCUGCAGUCCCUGUCACCUGAGAUCCGGGACUGGGGUCCUGCAGUUCUGUCACCUGAAAUCCAGGACUGGGGAGCUAUAUCCCAAUAUCCAGGACUGGGGACUGGGAUCCUCUAAUCCCUAGCACCUGAAAUCCAGGAUUGGGAAGUGGGAUCCUUUAUUUCCUGUCACCUGAAAUCCAGAACUGGGGAGAAAUAUCCUGAAAUCCAGGCUUGGGAAGUGAGAUCCUGCAAUCCCUGUCACCUGAAAUCCAGGCUUGGGGAUUGAGAUCCUGCAAUCCCUGACACCUGAAAUCCAGGACUGGGGAGCCAUAUCCCUAAAUCCAGGCUUGGGAAGUGAGAUCCUGCAAUCCCUGUCACCUGAAAUCCAGGACUGGGGAGCCAUAUCCCGAAAUGCAGGCUCGGGGAGCUUGUUGGUGACUCCACAUCCAAGGAUUGUCGUUGCCUGUGCCGUGUCCGGCCGGGAGCUCUGGGAGUGGGCAGGGGUGUACAUAGACACAGCGUGUGGUUCUCUGUAAAUGUUGUACAGUUUCCAGUGCCAAGCUCCAUUAAAUUCCUGACGGCC